CGCCGUUUCCCCCUGCGCUGCUCCUUUCCUCUCCGAUUGGCUCUCAAUGGCUACCAAAGAAGAUGGACGCGGCGUAUCGACUUUACAGGAGGCUAUCUUGACGUUGGAUCAACACUCCUCGGCGCUAUCAACGAUUGCGGUGGCUGUGGCAGCGCUGUCUUGCGAGGUGUCGGGGGUCGACUUGGAGGCCUUUGAUUUGUCAGAUUCUGGUGAUGGGAGUUUGGCAAAGGAGGACAUUGGAGUUGCCGCUGACAUCAAGGCCAUGGUUAAUGGCUCCAAGUUGGUUGGUUCUAAAGGUAAGAGCAAACCCGCGCUUGGAUCCAUUUCAGAGAUCCCUGAAAUUAUUGGGAAUUUUCGGGAGGCUGUAAAGAACUUGCAUUCUGUUACUCGGUUGGUGUUGAAUUCCCGGAAAAAGGUUGCUGGAAAGGCGUUACUUUUAGAGUUUGAGCUUCGGAGCUUGGGGGAGAGUAGCUGGAAUAGAGCGAGGUUGAAUUUGAGCUCUGCUGGCAUUGAUGGUUUGAAGAGUUUGUUCGAUAAAGACUGCCCGAAUGGGGAGAGUUUAACAAACGGGGAGAGUUCAACAAAUUCAAAUAAGGAUUGCGAGAGAUUGCUGGGUGAGGUGAAUGAAGUGUUGAAAACAGUGUGGAAAAUAGUAGCAUGGGAAGCAGUGACCGCCUUCGUUGUGCUAGAGGGUGGGGAAUUGUUGAAUGAGAAGGGUGGGCAAGUAGCUGAGUCUGAUGGGGGAGACUUAAAAUCGGAGAAGAAAAAGAAGAAGAAGAAGGUGGUGUUGGGGAAAGGGACAAGUGUUAUUGUGGAAUUGAUAAAAGAUUGGUUGAUGGCUAAGAGAGCAGGUGCUGGUGAUAAUUCUGGGUUUUUGGAGAGAUUGGCUGAGGAUCUUUCAUUAUUGUUGGAUCCAAAAUGCUUAGAGUUUAAUACACUAUUGCAGAAGGUUAAGGAGGUUCUGGGGAGCAAUGAAAGUAGACGAAUGCCUAAGACUCCAAAGGGUACCCGUGAUUUCGCAAAGGAGCAGAUGGUAAUAAGAAAGAAAGCAUUUUCAACUAUUACAAACAUUUUUGAGAGGCAUUGUGCCACUGCCCUGGAUACACCUGCUUUUGAAUUGAGGGAGACUCUUAUGGGAAAGUAUGGGGAGGAUUCAAAAUUGGUUUAUGAUCUUGCUGAUCAGGGUGGGGAGCUUUGUUGCCUACGUUAUGACUUAACCGUUCCAUUUGCCAGAUAUGUGGCUAUGAAUGGUCUCACUUCAUUUAAAAGAUACCAUAUAGAUAAGGUGUGGAGAAGGGAUAAUCCAUCUAAAGGGCGGUAUCGAGAAUUUUAUCAAUGUGACUUUGAUAUUGCUGGCCAGUUUGAAAAGAUGGGGCCAGAUUUUGAGGUCGUUAGAGCUUUGAUUGAAGUACUUGAUGCACUAAACAUUGGAGACUAUGAGAUAAAAUUGAAUCAUCGGAAGUUGCUGGAUGGAGUGCUGGAAAUUUGUGGGGUGCCACCAGAAAAAUUUAGAACUAUAUGUUCAAGCAUUGACAAGUUAGAUAAGCAAUCAUUUGAGCAGGUUAAGAAGGAAAUGGUUGAACAAAAGGGUUUAUCUGUUGAGACAGCAGACAAAAUCGGUACUUUUGUGAAGAUAAGGGGACCUCCUUUGGAAUUAUUGUCUAAACUUAUGAAAGAGGAAGGAAAUGAGGCUAAUGAACUUCUUAAACAUGAGGCAUCUAAAGAAGCUUUGAGUGACUUGAUGAUUCUAUUUGAAGCAUUGGAGAAGUCAAGGUGCAUAAACAAAGUGGUUUUUGACUUGAGUCUUGCCAGAGGUCUUGAUUAUUAUACGGGAGUUAUAUUUGAAGCUGUUUUCAAAGGAGGGGUGCAGGUGGGUUCAAUUGGUGCUGGUGGACGAUAUGACAAUCUGAUAGGAAUUUUUGGUAACAAGCAGGUUCCAGCAGUUGGAAUGAGUCUUGGAAUUGAGCGAGUAUUGACUAUAAUGGAAGAGAAAGUGCAGAAAGAUAAGAACCAGACAUUCCAACUCUCAGAAACUCAAGUGCUUGUUGGCGUCCUUGAGAAUCAGCUGGGUAUAGCGGCAGAGCUAGUUAGCGAGCUGUGGGAUGCAAACAUCAAAGCAGAAUUCAAGAUACAUAAAAAAGUGAUGAAGCUGAUAGACCAUGCUUCAAGCUUAAAUAUCCCUUGGAUGGUACUCGUUGGUGAAAGAGAGCUGAAUGAAGGGAUUGUAAAAUUGAAGAACAUUGCUAACAAAGACGAGGAGGUAAUCCCUAGAGGUAAAAUUGUUGAGGAACUACAGGCAAGAUUGAACCCAUGAAAUACUAUUUAGCUGAUUUACUUACGAUUGUUCAUUAUUCUAUUUUAACAAAUAAAUACGUUCCCGAUAAUUUUAUUCAGAAGAUUAGUGUAAAAGCUGAAUAUAAAGUUGAUCCAUCAUUUGGAAUGAUAGUUUUGGUUUUCUCGUGUGAUCUGUAAUACGGUUCUAAGUGGAUAUCAGCUCUGCGUUUCUUUUUGUUUAUUUCCUUUUGUUUUGGGAAAAUGGUCAAAA